AGAAAGUGAAUUUGGUGCACGAUAUUAAGGCCAUGGACUUCAGGUUUUGUUCUUGUUGAUUUGAUUCCCUUAUCCUUCAAGUAAAGAGCUUCCUCUAAGGUCAUUAAUAGAAAUCACAAACAGAUUGAUGAAAUAUGUAUAUUAUUGAAUGGAAAUAAUGAGCAUAGAAGCUCUACAAUGAAGGGAUCACAUUUCAAGAGUCAGAAACUCCUAACCAGAGAGAUGUUCUCUCCUAACCUACUCAAUAGUAAUAGAAUGAAUGAAUUUUGGAUCUUGUCUGUGGCUGCUCAACCAGUUGUCCUCAUAAUUAGAUGAUAACGACGAUUCUGAUCAAGGAAGAGACGAAGCUGGAAAACUCUGUUUUUCUUCGAUACGGAACUUGCUGCUAGUGGCUUUAGUAAAAAAGAUGAGGAAGAUAUUCAGAGACUUAUUGAAGGUGUGAUGGAGAGUGAUAUAAAUUCUGAUAGUGAAGAUGGUGACUUCGUGAGAAACCUGAACGAAGCAAACGAUUUAAAUGUUGAUUCUUUACAUUUGUCGGACAAGGAUGAGGGACACGAAAGUCAUAGAAAAGAGGAGAGCUUUGAAGCAGGUGAAAACAGCGGAUCUGAAAAGGAAGAGGCAAACAACACGGAGGAAAACAAUGAUAAUGCAGUGGGAAUUGAAGCUGAACUCACAAACAGCUUGAGUAAGCAAAGGAAAAGUGCUAUAGCAUCAGCUCGUAAGGGACGGAAGAAACUUGCAUCCUGGAAUUCUCACAAAGACAAGGGUGGUAGGUCAUCUCACAAUUCUAAGGCUCAAAUGCAAAUGAGCAGCUGGUGAGAUUAUAUGGGAAGACAAAACCUAUGUGAUUGACCUCAUGUCAUUCGAAUAUGUUGAAGUGAACUAGAAAUUACUGAAUAUAUAGGUUCAACCGCAUGCCAUCUAUUAGGACUAAAUUAUCUGUUUAAAAUUCAAACAUAUGUAUAGACCGUACUUCGGACUCGGAGGUACGAAAACUGUCUUCAUUCGGUUUUUAGUUGUUUUUCUUCUUGUAGUGAGAAUAAUUAUAUUCUUUUUAAACGAAAAUUUUGCAUUCUUAUAAAUUUUGUCGUUCUUGCAUGCAUGGUGAAUUGUUUAGACUUUGGAAGCAGCUACUAUGAAUUAUCUCUACUGUGCUGACUGCCGUUUUCCACUGUCAGGCACAUAAGCAUAGAUAUAUGCUUGGAAGAAAUUUUCAUAAACCUCAUGGAGUGUGGCCCGAGCUUUGAGGGGCACUUGACAUAGAAUCAGUCAUACUUAUGUCAAUUAAUUCAUCUGAGUUUAGUUCAACAGGUUAAAUGUGCUCAAUCUUUUAUU